AUGCCUAGAAACGACUCCUUGGACGAUGACUUUGAUUUUCGGAUUGAAGAUACGGAGUCUGAUGUAUCGCUUAUGAAGCGAGUAUACAAGAAUGAGAUUGCUCCGGAGAUUCUAGAUUACAAAUUAGAGCUAAUAUCAAAUUUAAAAGAACGGAUUUCUAUUUUCGUGGGGAUUUUGGUUCUGAAUAACAAAAAGGAAAAAGAGCGCGAUAGAGAACCCACUGAUGACAUUGACAGUUCAUUCAAGAUGAUGCUUUACGAAAUGGAUGUCGAACGUGUCCGAUACUUGAUAGUGAGUUAUUUGCGCGUGCGAUUGCAAAAAAUUGAGCGGUAUCACAAAUAUAUCAUAGAGCACGAUCAACUCUCUCGCUUAUCAGCGGACGAGGCAGAAUAUAUCAAGGGAUUUUCAGGUCUUACAGAGCGGUAUUUUGAUGCUACCUUCUUCCAUCACUUCAACAAUCCUCCGUAUGUAACGGAGGAUGAGAAUUUGAACGAGAACAUUCGUGUCAUUCUCAAUUUCAAACAUUCCAGAGAGGAUGAGAUGAGCUCUCCCUUUGUAAAUAAAAAGAAACUCGUAGGUGUUCGACUACACAAAAAAGGAGAGCCAUUUGAAAUCUCGGUCGAUGAAGAGGCCGAAGGCGGAGAGAUAAGCAGUGUCCGAAUAACGAGCGAGCAGUGGACGAUUGUGGAAUAUGAGCUGAUAGAACCUUAUCUGUUGGGAAGUACCUAUUUUGAAUUAUCAUUUUCUGUUUGA